CAUUCCUCACAUAAGCUCCGUCUUGGCAGCCUCUCUCCUUCGUCCCUUCCAAUCCCCAUUAAUGGAUUCCUCCUCUUCUCCCAUGUCUUUGCAAGGCCUUCCAGAAGCUUCUCCGAAACCUUACAAGAAAAGCCUUGUCACAGCUUUAAUGGAAGCGGCCACCCUUCGGACUCCUUCCUUCAAAGAAGACACCUACUUCAUUUCCCACUUGAAAUCCUCUGAGAGGAAGGCUCUUCAACAGCUCAAAGACCAGCUUAAAGCCUCUAAUUCCUCUGAAUGUUCCGUGUGGGGCGUUUCCCUGCUUGGAGGUGACGAAAAAGCUGAUGUCAUUCUCUUGAAGUUUCUGAGAGCCAGAGAUUUCAGAGUCGGAGAUGCUCUUAACAUGCUUCUGAAAUGCUUGGCUUGGAGGAAGGACUUCGGAGCAGACGACAUCGUUGAGGAGGACUUGGGCUUCAAAGAGCUUGAAGGGGUUAUAGCCUAUAUGCACGGAUAUGACAGAGAGGGGCACCCCGUGUGCUACAAUGCUUACGGUGUUUUCAAAGAUAAAGAAAUGUACGAAAGAAUAUUUGCUGAUGAAGAGAAGCUUAAGAAAUUUCUGAGGUGGAGAGUUCAAGUUUUGGAGAGAGGCAUUAAGCUUCUUCAUUUCAAGCCUGGUGGGGUCAAUUCUAUUAUUCAAGUUACUGACCUUAAGGACAUGCCUAGGAGAGAGCUUAGGUUGGCUUCUAAUCAGAUCCUCAAUCUGUUCCAAGACAAUUACCCAGAAAUGGUGGCUCGCAAGAUUUUCAUCAAUGUCCCGUGGUACUUCAGUCUGUUGUAUUCAAUGUUCAGUCCUUUUCUGACCCAACGAACUAAGAGCAAAUUUGUGAUCUCUAAGGAAGGAAAUGCUGUGGAGACACUCUACAAAUUUGUAAGGCCCGAGGAUAUUCCAGUUCAGUACGGAGGACUGUGUAGACCUGUUGAUUUGCAGAAUGGUCCCCCAAAACCUGCUUCUGAGUUCACUGUAAAGGGAGGGGAGAAAGUGAACAUACAAAUUGAAGGAAUUGAGGCAGGAGCAACAAUCACAUGGGACAUAGUGGUGGGAGGGUGGGACUUAGAGUACAGUGCAGAGUUUGUGCCAAAUGCAGAAGGAAGCUACAUAAUAGCAGUAGAAAAGGCGAGGAAGAUGCGAGCAUCAGAAGAAGCAAUACACAACUCAUUCACAUCAAAAGAGGCAGGCAAGUUGGUACUGUCUGUGGAUAACAGUGGCUCUCGCAGGAAAAAGGUUGCCGCUUAUCGCUAUAUCGUGCGCAAAUGCAGCAACACAGACUGAAAUUGCUUCUUCUCGUGUCUGUAUUGUAUGCUUUUUUGAAGUGCUUAAGGUUGUGUAAUGUAAUAGCUGCCUGCAAUGUGAAAAAAAAUGAGAAGGCGAUGGUGAUGUUGGUGAUGGUACUUACUUUGUUCUAUGUAAUACAAGAAAGGCUUUUAGCUUUUA